GCUUCUUGCUCGUUCGCAAGGAUGGAGUGGGACGAAAUCCAUCAGCAAGCCAAAAACACAGUAACAGGCUCUACCGUCAACAACUUCGAAGCCGACCGGUACCUCGUGGGCAUCAUCAAGUUGAACGAGCCUCUUCACCGCCUAGGGGAAUUUCAAUUGCUCUGGAUCAAGGUAACUGGGAAGGUGACUGUGAGAAAAUUCCAGAAUGUAUACAUGGAGCAUCAACCGGACGUUGAAAUCAAGUUGCAUUUCCAGGACGAAGAUAUCUCUCUGGACACCGCAUGCGAGGACCUAGAUCUUUACAGGGACAAGCUGAUUGUUUUGAGAGCCAUGGAAAAAGAUGCUAGUGGCCAUGCUACCCGCAUCCCACCUUCUGCACCUUCCACUUUGCUUGACUUUCCUACCUACCAUCCAACCACCUCGCCACACUCCCGAAUCAAGCAAGAACGCCAAUCCCCGCAACCGCUCGCACCUGACAAUCCAGAAGAUCAAGACGCCAUUGAAAGCAUGGCUGAAUGCCGUUUGUCACCCGCGUCUCAUUCAGAACCCACCCUGUUGAGCGACGGGUCGUUUGAUCUGUCGCAGGUCUUCAAUCGCGAGGACUCGGAAGAGAGGGACAAAUCGGCUGUCACAGCAACAUACCAUUACAUUGACGAGGUCAUGGGUCAAGAUGAUCCCGAUAUCUUAGAGGCUAGCGCCUUGAAAGCUCUAGACAUGCUUACAUCUAUCAAGAGCAUAUUGACGCGGCAUUCAAACAGUAGUCCAGAUGCUGCGACGUGGAAACAAGCAGUCGAAGAGCUGGAGAGUCAAGCAGAACGCGAACGCCCGCGUACUAUUAUAGGCGUAGUUGGUAAUACUGGUGCCGGAAAGUCCAGCGUCAUCAACGCAUUACUUGACGAGGAGCGACUGGUUCCGACAAAUUGUAUGCGCGCAUGUACGGCCGUCGUAACAUCCAUCUCUCACAACACUAGCAAGGACACUUCUACCAAAUACCGCGCCGAAAUUCAAUUCAUCGAGCCAGCUGAUUGGGAGAGGGAGCUCCGCAUCCUAAUGACCGAGUUUUCUGAGAACGGCACUCUAUCUGCCGAGACAAAGGACCCUAACUCCGACGCCGGCGUAGCAUGGUCGAAAUUCAAAGCGGUGUAUCCCAAGAUCCCCAAGGACGCGCUCAGAGACUGGACACCCGAGAAAUUGAUGGGUGUCAAGACUGUUCUUGACUGCCUCGGGACCACGAAACAUGUAAAUUCCGCUUCCCCGGACCGUUUCUACGCGGGAUUGCAGAAGUACGUGGAUAGCAAAGAAAAGACUGGAGUCCAAGACAGGAAAGGAAAGAAAGACAAAAAGGACAAGCUCUCGUCUCCAGAGAUUGAAUAUUGGCCCUUGAUAAAGGAAGUGAGGAUUUACACCAAGGCCAAAGCCCUCGAAACUGGUGCGGUGGUGGUCGACUUGCCAGGCGUGCACGAUUCUAAUGCUGCUCGUGCUGCCGUCGCCGAGCGCUACAUCAAGCAGUGUACGGGGCUCUGGAUCGUCGCACCAAUAAACCGCGCGGUCGACGACAAAGCUGCCAAAAACCUCCUAGGUGACAGUUUCAAGCGCCAACUGAAAUAUGAUGGCAAUUACUCUAAUGUCACCUUCAUAUGCUCCAAGACGGACGAUAUUUCGAUCACUGAAGCCACUGAUAGCUUGGGUCUACAUAGCGAGAUGUCCGAUUUGGAGGAUCGUUACUUUGGCUAUGAAACUGAGCUCACGUCUAUUGAGAAAGCUAUCAAAGAAUCGAAAGAUUCUAUCGCAGUAUACCAAGAAAUGAUUUCAAGUCAUGAAAAAGAAACGGAGAUCUGGGAAGACCUCAAGGACAGCGUCGAGGAAGGAAAGAGGGUCUUCGCGCCGUUGGACCGAUCAGCGGGUAAGCGCAAGAGGCGCAGUUUGAAGAAGAAGUCGAGGAAACGACAGCAACCCAUUGAUUCGGAUCUGGAGUAUGAUGAUUCCGACGAAGACUACCAGACGGAUGCUGAUAUGGAAGGCGAAGCCGACGGCGAAGUGAUAAAAACACCUCAACAGCCGCUUGCCAUUAACGACAUCAAGUCUAAGAUCAAUCAACUACGGCAUCACAAGAAGAAUGCUCGGGACGAGAAAGCUUUGGUUCAAGAGAAAAUCACCGAUUCCAGAAAGAAAGCACACAGGCUCAAAGAAAAGAUGGACGAAAUUCGUGGAGCAAUGUCUGCUUUGUGCAUUUCUGGACGGAACGAAUACUCGAAAGGUGCCAUUCAACAGGAUUUUGCCGCAGGUAUCAGGGAGUUGGACAUGGAAAAUGCAGAGGAAGAGGACGAGGAACACUUCGAUCCAACUCAAGACCUUCGUGAUUAUGACGAUGUUGCCUGCUCACUUCCCGUAUUCUGUGUGAGCAGCAGAGCUUACCAGAAGAUGAGCGGCCGUCUGAAGAAAGAUGAUCCUGUUCCGGGCUUCAAGACUCUCGCGGAGACUGAGAUGCCUCAACUACAGGAACAUUGCAGGCAGCCGACGGCGGCCAAACGAUUACAGUCUAGCCGAAAGCUCUUGCUUGGCUUCAAAACUCAACUGACAGCGUAUUCACUGUGGGCUUCCUCUGAUAACGGGGAUCUGAAUAUGUCUGAGGAUGAUAAAAGCCAGCAACUGAAGCAUCUAGAGAAGCGACUUGGCGAGUUAGAGAAAGGCUUUGAGCGGACAGGUGCGGCAUGCAUCCACAUGAUCAACAAAGAGUUGCAAAAUCAGAUUUAUGACCGGUAUCCAAAUUUGGUCAAUGAGGCCGUUCGAGAAGCACCCCAGAUAGCCAAUAGGUGGGGGUCCCACAAAAGCGAGGGGGGCUUACAUUACAUAACUUAUAAGGCGGUAUGCAAACGGUUCGGCGUCUACCUUUCGUCUACUGCAGGUCAUCGCGACUUCAACGCUGAUUUGACCGACUCGAUAAUUAAACAGAUGGCGACAGGCUGGGAGCGAGCCUUUCAGAAUCGCCUUCCUGCGGCACUGGACGGGUAUACAGAUGCUUGCGGUUCUCUCCUUCACAAGUUCCACGAAACUAUCGAGCAGAGCGGACAUGAAGCAGGAACAUCCCUGGUGACGCUAUCGCUCCUCAGGAGCUCCAUCAGCAGCAACGAGCAGCUUUUCCGGGACAAAGUCAACGAUUUCCUCACCAUUAUAUCAGAUUUCAAUCGCGAAGCGAAUCGAGAAUUCGUACCCGUGGUGGCUUACGCUAUGGAAGAGGCGUACAAGAAAUGCGUUGAUGAGGCCGGUACUGGUAGUUACAUGCGAAUGAGGGACCACAUGACGUCGCACGUCGAGGUGCACCGCUACAAGAUGUUUACGACUGCGUCUCAAACCGUCAUUAAGUCUCUCACGAUGAUGUGCGAUAGAUUGGAAAAGUGUAUGUCAACCAACGCCAACGGCAUCUUCGCGUCAGUUCGUGCGUCGUACCUGCGAGCUUUCAGUGGUCUACAAGUCAGCCAGAACGUGCGGUCGAGGUCUGAACGGAUUUUGAGGGCCGAAUUGGUCGCACUAUUGAACCAGACGGACGAGUUGUUCGAACCUAUUGUGAAGGGCGGUGCACUCGGAGCUGAAUUUGGUGUUCAAGAUGCGGCAGAGGAAAACACAUCUUUCUCUGUCGUCCACAGAAGCUCCAUGGCUGUCGAUGAAGCUACGCCGCUCCGGACUGUCAGUGACGUGGAUACAUCUGCAUCUUCGAGCCCCGGUGAACCUGUCGAGUGGGAUCCCAUGGAGGUUUAA